AGAAUGAGAGGUGUAUCGCUCUUGUUGUUGAUAUGUACUGUGACGGUGGCAUCGAUUCUCGGUAUCGAUCUCGGCAAUGACUUCACCAAGGCUGCUCUGGUUGCCCCAAGAAUGCCCUUUGAGAUCGUGAUGAGCGCCGAUUCCAAGCGUAAGGACGUUUCAGGGUUGGCAUUGAAGCCACUGUUCAACGAUGGUAUCGAGAGGCUCUACGGCUCUCAGACGUCGUCUCACUGCACGAGGUUCCCGAAGCAGUGCCUGCUGAAUUAUAAGCCAUUAUUGGGCAAACCAGCGGAUGACGCUGUUGUCCAGCGCUACUUGAAGUCACACCCUGGUGUUUCGAUCAAUCCUUCUCAGAAUAACAGAAACACCAUCUCGUUUGAAGUCGAGGAUCACCAGUAUCCAAUAGAGGAGGUGUUGGCUAUGAACUUGGGGAAUAUCAAAGCAAGGGCUUCCUCUUUGCUCCAGGAAAAGGUGCCAGGUGGGUACUCCCAAAUCCAGGACGUUGCCAUUGCAGUCCCUUCCUUCUUCAAACAAUCUCAAAGACUGGCUAUCUUGGAUGCUGCUGAAUUAGCAGGACUCAACGUUGUUGCACUGAUUGACGAUGGUGUCGCUAUUGCCACCAACUAUGCGACCAAUAACGAGUUGGCAGACGAUACAAAGGAAUACCACAUCGUUUAUGAUAUGGGCGCUGGCUCUACAAAGGCCACUUUGGUUUCCUUUACAAAGCUCAACGAUUCAAUCCCACUGAGUAUUGAAGUCCAUGGCUAUGCGUUCGAUGAAACUCUUGGUGGAGGUUAUUUCACCAACGUUGUGGCAGAGUUGAUCAGAUCAAAGUUCUUGAAGAACCAUAAACAGAUUAGAUCUGAUAAAUUCCAGUCAAAUGAACGUUCUGUGGCUAAAUUGUUCCAGGCUGCUGAGAAAGCCAAGCUAGUGUUGAGUGCAAAUAACGAGGCUCACGUUUCCAUCGAAUCCCUCUAUGAGGAUAUCGAUUUCAAGACUAAAGUUACCCGUGAAGAGUUUGAGGACUUUAUAUCUGAUUCGAUUCCAAGUAUUACACAGCCUUUAAAGGAUGUGUUGAAACAAGCAGGUCUCAGCAUUAAGGACAUGACGUCUGUUAUCUAUGCUGGUGGCUCAACCCGUGUACCAUUCGUUCAACGCCAUUUGCAGUCUUUUAUCGGUGAAGAUUUGAUUUCAAAGACAAUCAAUGCAGAUGAAGCUGCCGUGUUUGGUGCCACACUCCGUGGAGUCCAAAUAUCCAAGGUGUUUAGAGCAAAGGAAUUUAACGUUACAGAGAGAUCUCCAUAUGAAUACUCUGUUUCAUUCGAUGAUGACUCAGAGGUUGUGAUCUUCCCACAGGGAUCCUCAUACGGUCAAGAGUUCACGCUUGAUGUGACUGAUAAGCUUAGUGAUUCGUUUGGCAUUGACUUGAUUGAAGAUUUAAAGAGAAUCGUCAGAUAUGAACCUGUCGGUAAACUAGCAGAUAUUGUCGAGAAGCUUAAAUUCAACAUCAGCGAUUGUGCUGAUGAAGUGAAGUAUGUUGCCAACUUUAAGCUAUCACAGAGUCGUAUAGUUGAACUUGAGUCUUUGAGUGCACAAUGUACUGCAUCAAUGGGAUUGUUUGAAAAGCUCAAGGGAACUUUUGACAGUAACGAAGAUAUCAAACUCACUUCAAAGAUUGCAGUCAAGCCAAAGUAUCUUUCGUCACGUCCUUUAGGCUCUGCUACAAGGCAAGACUUGAAAUUACACCUGUUGAACUUGGCAAAUGCUGAUAAGCAGAGAAAAUCAGAGGCUGAGAAGUUGAAUGAAUUAGAAGCGGCAUUGUACAGUGCACGUUCCUAUUUCACAGAUGAUGACGUUGUUGAACAAAUUGAAGAGGAUGUAUUGGACCAUGCAAAUGCCCUUGUGAGCGAUUUGUUGGAUUGGCUAGAUUACGAGAGUGACGGUGCCUCUAUAAAGACCAUAAAGGGUAAACUCAACGAGGUUAAAAAGAUUAGAGAUGAAAUUGAAGGUGAAAUUGCCAAACUUUCUGUCCCGUUGGAUUUAGAUGAGUUUAAAAAGGUUUAUGACAGAGGUGUUAAGGCUGUGAACAAGUUCCAGGAUUCGUUGCUAACUUUGAAGGACAUCACCAUGAACUUAUCCGUGGAGUUUGCCAAAAUUGGAUUGGACUUUGACGAAGAAUUCUCAAAGUUGAAACUGCCAGAGCUAAUCUCUGAGGACAAGUUCAACAGGGUCCAGAAGAGCAUCGAUAGUGCGCUUGAAGAGGUUAAGAAUCUCAUCGAAAAGGGUGAAAACAAGUUCGAGUCCGUUUCUAGAGAUGACAAGCUCGAGGUUAUGAUCGAGGCCAAUGAAAAGUUGAACGGAUUGGAGAAGCUUGAGGAGAACAUUGCAGCCAAAUUUGCGCGUGCUCACAGGGGACUGAAGGAGAUCUACAACAAGAGAAUCCGUUCUCUCAAGAGAAAGGCAGCUAAGGAGGAGAAGAAG